AUGGUCGAGCUUAUCCCUCCUCCCGAUCCUCGCACCUUGCUUCCUCCGCUAUUGGCUUGCCUGCCGACUGCCUUUGUCUCCCCUCAGCCUCCACCGGCCCUGCUUCCGCUCCUAUCACCGAUUUUGCGCCAGAGACUGCAGGUUCUCAGUUCAGUGGCUGUCUCAUCAACGGAAUCAUGGCUUAGAUUGCUUUGUUGGGAUUCUGGGAAAGCGGAGCGUCUUCAGUCGUUGGUUGAUGGCGCCGACUUUGAGCCUCAUCCUGUUUCCGGGGAGAUUGAGCUACCCGGUGAUAUCCCUGUGACAUAUAAACGGCUAGACGAGGAGACCCUUCAGUCGCGUGUGAUAAUACCAGAUUACGAUCUGAAGGUCGUAUAUUUGUGGUGCCCGCAGGAGGAGAGCGCCCCAGGCUGGUUGGUAGCCGAAGUCCUCCCCAAUGAAGGCACUUGCGAGGAAGACGAGGCUUGGUCAGUUUCUAUCGGAGAGGCGAAUACGCAUGCCCGGGAAAAACUCGUGGAGGAUGCUCUGAAAGCGGCCGAGAGCCAUGAGCGGUUAGCGGCUCACAAGCAAGAGGAGGAGGAAGAUGACGAUGAUGAUUACUGGGCACAGUACGAUGCUACACCCGGACGUACACCUGCAGCCAAAACCCCCACCCCAAUGGCUUUGUCCUCCUUGCAGCAGCAGCAAGGACCAUCGGAGUCUUCAUACUUUUCUCGGUAUGCCGAUGUGCAGCCUGCGAUGGACAGCCAUGACCCAGAUGAAGAGAACCCGGAGCUUGGACCUUCUUCACUUACCGGUGACAUGCUAGCUCAAAUUGUUAAGCGGAAUUUGGAGAGCACAGAGCCUGCGCAAUCCGACCAUUCGUAUCAGGCCAACGGCACGCAACUGAACCAUCCGCGCCCGGCAUCUGCCUCGUCUGCGAGCUCCGAGGCAGUCGCGAAGCUGGAGCAAGAGGCGGAGAACCAUUCCACAUACGAAGUGGGAGUAAAGCAGCACAUCGGCUCGAAUAUCAAGAGCCUUUUCCGACUCGCAAAAGCCACGGGAAUCUCUCGAGCGGAAUUCCAGUCGUUGGUCAAGACUGAGCUGGACCUCUUAAAUAUAUCCGAUGACGACUGA